AGAUGUAUGUAGCAGAGGAAAUUUUGUAUGUACGUAUAUAUAAAUAAGAUGAUUGAGUUAAACCCAAAAUAAUAAUAAUUAUUAUUAUUUAGUGAGAUUUUUUAGAUGUAAAUGUCAUCAUCGUCACAGAGCUAGUCUGUGAUGUAGUGAGCCAGAUAUUUAGUGUUUGAACAAACAUUUAACUUUUACCCCGACAGAAAAAAAUCAGGGGAACAAAGUUGUUUGUCUGCUUUAGUCCUACAUAUUAGCACAACUGUUUGCUUAGCAUUUUACUGCACAUCAUAUCUCAACCCAUAAUCAGAGAAGAUAUUCAAUAGCCGCUGAAAACCAGCACUGCUGGGUGAGAGGACAGCCAGGUCAUCAGCAUACAUAAAGUGAUUGACCAGAGUAUCACCAAUCAUGCAUCCAGUUUUACAGAAGUUCAUUUCUUUUGACAGGUCAUCCAUGUACAAGUUAAACAGGGCAGGUGAAAGACGGACACCGUUACUCACACCAAAAGAAGCAGAGAUGUUGUUACCCCAUUUUACAUGCAUUUUCUGGUUUGAAUACCAGUAAACUAAAAUUAGUAUAAUAUCUGGAGCACCUCUCUGUUUUAUUUUAUCAAAUAACUUGUAGUGAUUGACCUGAUCAAAGGCCCUAGAAGCGUCAAUAAACCCAAAUAACAGAUUAUUUUUUUCUUAGAUAUGCUUUUGCUGCCUCUUUCAGGCUAUAAAUACAGAAAUCAGCUCCCAACUUGGCUUUGAAACCAAAUUGAUCUGUUGUACUAAUAAACUGAUUAAGACAAUCAAGCAAGAUUUUUUCUAACACUUUAGAUAUCACCCUAGCUAAAGCUAUUGGUCUGUAGUAAUCAAGGCAAUAGUCACCACUAAUUAUAUAUUUUCCAGGAAUGGUCGAUAUGGUAAAAAAGAAAUUCCUAUGAAAGGAGUGGUUGUCCUGAUUAGCUCCAUAAAUGUUGACCAAUGUGAUCUGGGCUUCUAUUGUUCCCUGCAACAUAGUAUAUUGAAGCUGAACGCUUUGUUAUACUUAAAAUCUGUAAAUAAUCAACAAUCCUGGGUUGUAUUAAUGAUCUGUAUGUCAGAGCAAAAACCCUAAAAACAAUAUUUGAACUAUACUAAUUACAAUCACUGGAAAAAGGCUUUCAUGAAAAUUUUUUCUCCAGCUCUCUGUCUGUGAGACAUGGAAGUCUUUGUUGAAUGAAAUAUUUCCUGUACUGCUGAUGAAAUUGAUCAGUAUAUAUGAAUGUAACCUUGUCAUUUUAUUGAAGAGAGUUCGUGUGUCAGAACUGUAUAAUGUACUGCAUUGAAAUAUUGUACAUUGGAUUUUUUGUUGUUGUUAAAUGUCUGAAAUCAUCCUUUCGCUCUUAUCUCUUAUGUGAUGUGAAACAAAACAUUCUAAGGCUAACCUUUCUGUGUUUUAGAACAGAGAAACCAGUUGCUGUUAAAAUUCUGAAGAAUGAUGAUAACAACCCGUCGGUGCGUGAAGAAAUGUUGCGAGAGGCAAAUGUCAUGCAGCAGCUGGACAAUCCUUACAUUGUUCGAAUGAUUGGUAUCUGUGAGGCAGAAAACCUCAUGCUUGUCAUGGAACUGGCUGAACUGGGACCACUGAACAAGUUCCUCCAGAAAAACAAAAACACAUCAGUAAAGAACAUCACAGAGCUGGUUCAUCAGGUGUCUAUGGGGAUGAAAUACCUAGAAGAGCAUAACUUCGUUCAUAGAGAUCUUGCUGCCAGGAAUGUACUGCUGGUCACACAGCACUAUGCAAAAAUCAGUGAUUUUGGACUCUCGAAAGCUGUUGCAGAAGAGCAAAACUACUACAAGGCCAAGGGUCAUGGGAAGUGGCCAGUGAAAUGGUAUGCUCCUGAAUGUAUAAACUACUUCAAAUUUUCAUCCAAAAGUGAUGUCUGGAGCUUUGGUGUACUCAUGUGGGAAGCAUUUUCCUUUGGCCAAAAACCAUACAAGGGAAUGAAGGGAAAUGAUGUUAUGCAGAUGCUUGAGAGUGGAAAACGCAUGGAGCCACCAGCAAACUGCCCAACAGAAAUGUAUGACCUCAUGACAACCUGUUGGACAUACAAGGUGGAAGAAAGACCUGGAUUUGCUGUUGUUGAGCCAAGACUACGAGAAUAUUACUACGACAUUGCACAGUGAUGUGGCAGAAUAUAUCAUUGUCAAUGCCAACAUGUCAAUGACAUAUCUUCUGUGUUAUUUGUAUGACAUUACUUGGCCAGGAGUGGGCAACUCCAGGCGUUAAGGUCUGGUGUCCUGCAACCUUUAGAUGUGUCUCUACUUCAACACAACUGAGUCAAAUAAUGAGAUCAUUGGCUGGACUCUAGUGCAGCCACCUCCUAGUGUAGUAACUUCUGUUUCAUUGAAGUGUGUUGGACCAGGAAGACAUCAAAGAGUUGCAGGACACUGACCCUUGAGGACCAGGAUUGCCCACCCCUGAACUAGGCUAUAAAAAGUUUUGAAAAAGAUGAUUUGUCAUGUAUAAGCCAUGUGAAGUAGAGCAAAGAUACUGUCAUCUUAGUGUAUUUAAAGCCAGAAAUGUAUUUAGUAUUUUAGUAAAUGUGUGGUUCUAAAAAUGUGAGUGGUUGUACAUCACAAUCAGCUGUCAGUAUUAUAACUCAAGAUUAACAUCUUAAAUCCUGAAAUUGUCUCUGAUUCAUUCUUGAUGACAGAGAAAAGAACUACAGAGGAUAAGACCGGGGCAGACUUCAAGGCGUUGCAUAAAUGUAUACUGAACAGGUGAAUGUAGCUUUUAAGGUAAAGUUCUUUCUGUGACAAAAGGUCAGAAAUUUGGAAAUUCUUGCAGCAUAACAUAUUAUGCAUUCUUGACAUAUAAUUUAUAACUUAUUUUUUUGUCUGAUGUUGCCAGUCUUCACUGUUGUGGACAGCUUCUUAAGACUUUAAAUUGUCUGUGCUUCCUUAUGAAAAAUCUUGGAAUGUAAAUGAAAAUAUAAUACAGUUUAAGUUUUAUAUUUAUUACAUGUCUUAAAGACAGUGUGGGAUUGUUUUAGUAUGACAGUGAAAAUUUGCUUUAUUUUACGUUGGGCUUAUUAAGGUUUCUAUUUCCAUACUAAUUCAAUUACUGAUAGUUAAACUGGAGAAAGGAGUGUGGUGGAAAACUACUAUAAGUUAACAUCUGCUGAUCAUGUUAUAUGAAAUGCUUGUGAACUCUCACCAAAAGAACUAUUUGGGUUACAUGUACAAGGUUGGAAGCUGUUUCCCACAGCUGCAUGAGAACCAAACUGUCUCACCCAAUUCUUUUGAAUUUCUUAUCCGUGGUAUAAAACUCAUGUGUUGUCUCUGCCUGGCAGAGCUUUCCAUCCAGACCUGCUUCAUGAUUGUUUGUCCUACGAACUCUCUGAGGUGUGCACAAUUCAUAAAUAAACCUGAUUGAGUGAU